AUGUCCGACGGCAUCAGCGACUGGCUUUGGCACGUCGCAGCGUGGCUGCAGGUUUAUGAGUCGUGUAAAAUCGUGUCAGAACUGAGGAGCAGGCCCAGUCAGCAGCAUUGUCCCAGGUAUAAGGUGUUGCCUGUCAACAGCUGCGGACACAGAGCAGUGAGUGACAGGAGUCCACAUUCCCUGGAAAGCUCCGACCCCUGCUCCACAUCCAGCUCCUUUCCUCCCGUUUCUCCUUUCCUGAUAAAAACAUUGAAAGUUGUAUUUGCUCUGGAUUUGGCUUCUCCUGUGGUGUGUUUGGGAUUGAGCAUGGAGUUGUCGGAUAUUUCUUUCCCCAUCCCCGCAGCUGAUGAUUUCUAUGACGACCCCUGCUUCAACACCAGCGACAUGCACUUCUUCGAAGACCUGGACCCGAGACUCGUCCAUGUGGGCCUGCUGAAGCCAGACGACUCCUCCUCUUCAACCGCCUCCUCCCCCUCCUCCUCCACGUCCUCCUCCCCGUCCUCCCUCUUGCACCUUCACCACCACGCAGAGGUGGAGGACGACGAGCACGUCCGCGCCCCCAGCGGGCACCACCAGGCGGGCCGCUGCUUGCUCUGGUCCUGCAAGGCCUGCAAGCGGAAGACCACCAACGCGGACCGGCGGAAGGCGGCCACGCUGCGUGAGCGCCGGCGGCUCAGCAAGGUCAAUGACGCCUUCGAGACCCUGAAGCGCUGCACCACGGCCAACCCCAACCAGCGGCUGCCCAAAGUGGAGAUCCUGCGCAAUGCCAUCAGCUACAUCGAGUCCCUGCAGGCGCUGCUACGGGGAGGACAGGACGACGGCUUCUACCCGGUACUGGAGCACUACAGCGGGGACUCAGACGCCUCCAGCCCCCGCUCCAACUGCUCCGACGGCAUGACAGAUUUUAACGGCCCGACGUGUCAGUCCACCCGGAGAGGAAGCUACGACAGCAGCUCUUAUUUCUCCGAAACUCCAAACGGUGGUCCAAAGACUGAGCGGAGCUCGGUGGUCUCCAGCCUCGACUGUCUGUCCAGCAUCGUGGAGCGAAUCUCCACCGACAACAGCAGCCUGCUUCCGCCCCCCACGGUCCCCGCCAACUGACCCGGCUGGGGUGGUGGCAGCCCCAGGGCCCACCCAGGCCCCCUCCCCAAAUGCCAGCCAGGACCCCAACCUGAUCUACCAAGUCCUAUAGAACCUCACACCUGAACAUCCUGCCACACCGUCCAGUUGUAAACACAGAGCCACACACGGUGAAAGUUAUUUAUUUAGGCGGAACUGAGUCUUCACAACCUCUUUGUUUUUACUUUAGAACCAAGUUUGUUUUUCCUUUAGCCGAGAUAUGGAAGCUCAUUCCUGCCAGACAAAAAUCACUGAAAGUGAAAGUUCGUUCAUGAUUCUGCAAGUUUCUGAAAGAACCUGAAACACCUCAGGCCCAUGUGUGGUCCCUUCCUACUGACCUUUUCAGUCACGCCUCAGUCCUCAUCGAUAGAUGAUAUUUUAUAUCUGAUUUUCUACAUUGUACAACCACUGAACAAACUCCAUGCGCUGAUGAGGACUGAGAGAUGUGGUCCAAAGCCCGAGAAAUAGGCCGGUACCAGGGCCUCCGAUGAACACAGUGUUUUCUCUUAAAUCUGAAUUUAGUCUUAAGUCAGUAGCUAUAAAAUAAGGAAAUUCACACUCAGCGUAUUGGUGUCAAAUAAUAAUUCCAGCUACAUUGUAAAUAAGUACAAAAGAGGAAGUCACAAUUAUUAAAUAGUCAUUUCUUGGGUGACAUUAAAAGAUUUGGGUAGAACAUAUGAGAAUGAAACUCUAUUUAUGUCAAAUUAUUUUCAUGCUAACCGCCAGUACACAAUUCGUUUUGCUGGUAGGAAGCAUCUUCCAUAGUUUGACCUGCAGAGUCCCUGUUUGGUUGUUAAAAUACGUGCAGUAGGUUUUUAGGUCAAACCCCAUGAAUGCUGGGAAAUGUAGGCUUGCAAUCACCUUUUUAAAGAACACGUUUACUGAUAAGUAGAAAUCAGUUCAGUUCUUGCUGCAUUUUCAUUUUGUUCUAAGUUAUGCAAAUGAUUUGAAGGCUCAGCUGAGCCACACGUCAGACGGAUCCCUCGUCCUGUCUGUGUAUCUAAUGAAGGACGGAGGCCAAAAACCAUCCACUUACAUUCCUCCACUUUCGUCCAUCUGAAGUCCCACGGGCCCCGGCUGUUCACUUCCCUCCGGACAAACCCCCAUCGUGGAAAUCCUGAAAGACACACCAGACAAAUUACAAAGAUCCGCAAUAAAACCCCAUAAAAGCAACCACCAAUCCCGCAGAUUUAGAUUCACGCAGUACCACAGGAGUAUUGUAGGACUAAAGUCAGACCUGCUUCUCAUCCAAAUCCAAUGAAACCGUUUUAAUUUGUCGCUUCCAUUCACUGCAGCGGAGGACCACUUUUCUGUUUCUGUAUAUAUUCUGUAAAUAAGAGCUGAUUUGUUCCAACUGGAAGUAUUAAUUAUGUAUUUAAUGUUUCUGUCUGUAUGUGUGUUUGUUGUGGAAAAUGUUAAACUUUAUA